AUGGCUUCUGAAGACACUAACAUCGUCGACGCUACCCCCAUCUCGCCUGUCCGCAGCAACGAGAGGCGCAACAGCUUGGAGAAGCACCUGCAGCACCGCCCGGAAGCUCAGGACUUGAAGAACAGGCACAUUCUGCUCGACACUACCACGGCUCCUGCCCUCCAAGCCAAAGCUCUCGAGCUCGAACGCCAGCGUGCAACCGACAACCUUAAGAAGGGCCUCAAUGCUCGCCCUGACCGCGAUGACCUCGUUCAGCGAAACAUCCUCCCACAAUCGAAUGCCGCACCUGCCCUGCAAGAGAAGCAGAGGGAGCUCGAACACCACAUGAGGGCUGACAGCCUCGAAAAGGGGUUGCAGAGCCGGCCAAACCCAGAGGAUCUUGUCAAAAAGGGUAUCCUUGAGGCCGACGAGAACCCGCUGAAGGACGUUUAG